UUUUAUACAUGACGUCAUUCAUAUUAUUCAUAGUACUAUCAAUAUUCUUAUCUUUCUUUUCAUGUUUCAAUAAUUAUUACGUUCAUGUUUAACACGUAAAUUAAGAGUUGUUUGUAUACAUCAUAUUCUACGACAAAUUUGAACAGUGCUUUGAAAAAGGGCACUGUAAGUGUCGCGAUGGCAAAUAUUCCGGAAUGUCCGCCCAGUCUGAAAUCCAUCCAGCACUAUUUGAAGGUAGCGACAGAACAUGAAUCAAGGGAUCCAGUGAUUGCCUAUUGGUGCAGGCUACAUGCCUUACAAGUUGGCCUUAAGGCAACAACAAAGAAAACACCAGAAGAGACUAAAGUUUUAAUGGCACUAAUGGACUGGUUAGAAGAAGCCAAGAAGAGCAUGAAAGACAAUGAAGCCAUCAGCAAUGAGGUGGCAGGUCAGGCGCAUCUGGAGAAUUAUGCUUUAAGACUGUUUCUAUUUGCUGACAAGGCAGACAGAGAACAGAAUUAUGGAAAGAACAUGGUGAAAGCAUUUUACACAGCCGGCAUGAUUUAUGAUGUGCUGACGACGUUUGGAGAUCUAACUGAUGAAGCAGCACAGAACAGGAAGUAUGCUAAAUGGAAGGCAGCCUACAUCCACAACUGCUUGAAGAAUGGAGAAACACCUGUCCCAGGUCCAAUCCAAGAGGGAGAACAAAACGAAGAUUCAGAAGCGACAAACCCCACACCCUCCUCAGACCCGGCGCCCGCCGCAGCGUCCGGCUUCCCGCAGGUGCCCGGCUUCUCGCAGGUGCCCGGCCUGCCGCAGGUGCCCGGCUUCUCGCAGGUGCCCGGCCUGCCGCAGGUGCCCGGCGCCUCGCCCGCGCCGGCCACGCCGCCCAGCAGCCUCGGCAGCUCGCUGCCCGACCCCAACCUCGCCAUGCGCGCGGCCUCGCAGCUCCCCAACGUGCCCUACACGCCCGACCCCGCCCCGGGCGGCUUCGUGCCCUACGACCCCGCGCAGCAGCCCGCGCCCGCCUCCCUGUACGGAGACAGCACGAGCGCCGCCGCCCAACUCACGCCGGACCAGAUAGCUAAAGCCCAGAAAUACUGCAAAUGGGCGAGCAGCGCUCUCAAUUACGAGGACAUGAAGACGGCCAUCACUAAUCUCAAAAAUGCCUUGGAACUGUUGCAAACUGGAAGAGACCCGGCUUGAAGUUUUGUAACAUUUUUUUAUUUUCAGCACACUGUUAUGGAAUCGAGGCAAUACAGGUGAUUUUACGUUAUAUUUAUCUGUUGAAAUCAAACCUUGAUAAUAAGAGGGUGUAAUCUUGAAGUCCAUGCUGAUUUGUGACAUUUUUGAUCCUAUUUUCUAUUAACUGACCUUUGUGAUGAGAAUGAGAGUAGUUAUUGUACACACCUCUAAUACACUCAAUAACUAUUCGAUAAUAAUAAGUUCCGAAUUAGCAACAUUUCUAAUUGUUAUCAGUUGCAGAAAUACAUAAAGUUUGCUUAAUAGAAAUUUGAUGAUACCUCUAAUUGUCUAAGGCACAUGUCGCCUUAAAUUCGCAUGAUGAUUGUAUAGGCAUAUAUAUCUGUAUAUUAUUUAUUUGAAAUAUACUGAAAACAAGUUGUAUGGAAACAGUAGGUACUCACAUUAAAUACUUAGUUUACCUUAACAAGUAUUGUCCAAUAUGCUUGUACUAAAGAACAGCUUUAAUUC